UGCGCCGCGGCGGCAGCGCGCUGCCCGGAUCGAGCGGGGCCCAAGCGUCUCCGCCGGCGCAGGCUCCCUCGCGCCAGCUUGCUCCCGCCGCCAUGUCGGCCACCAUUGAGCGGGAGUUUGAGGAGUUGGACUCUCAGAACCGCUGGCAGCAGCUGUACCUGGAAAUUCGCAGUGAGUCCCGUGACUACCCUCACAGAGUGGCCAAGCUCCCGGAGAACAGAAAUCGGAACAGAUACAGAGACGUGAGCCCAUACGACCACAGCCGAGUCAAACUGCAGAACGCUGAGAACGAUUACAUUAACGCCAGCUUCGUGGACAUAGCAGAGGCCCAGAGGACGUACAUCCUCACACAGGGUCCUCUUCCUAACACAGGCUGUCAUUUCUGGCUCAUGGUUUGGCAGCAGAAGACCAAAGCAGUUGUCAUGCUAAACCGGAUUGUGGAGAAGGAGUCGGUUAAAUGUGCACAGUACUGGCCAACAAAAGACGACCGGGAGAUGCUGUUUAAGGAAACAGGAUUCAGCGUGAAGUUCUUGUCAGAAGACGUGAAGUCCUACUACACAGUUCACCUUCUGCAGUUAGGAAAUACCAAUAGUGGUGAAACCAGAACAAUAUCUCACUUUCAUUAUACUACCUGGCCAGAUUUCGGAGUCCCUGAAUCACCAGCUUCGUUUCUCAAUUUCUUAUUUAAAGUGCGAGAGUCUGGCUCCUUGAACCCGGAACACGGGCCUGCGGUGAUCCACUGUAGUGCCGGCAUCGGGCGGUCAGGCACCUUUUCUCUGGUGGACACCUGCCUGGUUCUGAUGGAAAAAGGAGAUGAUAUUAACAUUAAACAGCUGUUACUGAAUAUGAGAAAAUACCGAAUGGGACUGAUUCAGACACCAGAUCAGCUCAGAUUCUCAUACAUGACUAUCAUAGAAGGAGCGAAGCUUCUAAAAGGAGACUCAGAUAUACAGAAACGGUGGAAAGAACUUUCGAAGGAAGACUUGUGUCCUGUUUUCGAUCAUUCGCCAACCAAAGUGAUGACUGAGAAGUACAACGGGAACAGGGUAGGCCUGGAAGAAGGAAAGCUGGCCGGUGACGGACACACAGGGCUGUCCUCCAGAGUGCAGGACGCCCUGGAGGAGGACAGCACGAGUGCCCUGCGGAAACGCCUGCGAGAGGACAGAAAAGCCAGCACAGCGCAGAAGGUGCAGCAGAUGAAGCAGAGGCUGAGCGAGACUGAGCGGAAAAGGAAAAGGCUUCGGCGCUGGCAGCUGGCGGUGUUGCAUGCGUCCCGAGGGUUUGUCUGUUAGGACCCCUCAGCACCCCCGAGGGCGUGGUAGGUUAGACACCCCCAGGAAGCGGGGUGCCCAGUCCUGCCGCACCCGGGGCGCCGCCCACACUGCACCACUGCCGAAAGCCAAGAUUGACAGACACCUAAAUGUUCAUGACUUGAGAGUGUUCUGCAGCUGUAAGGUUUGAACCAUUGGUGUGCAAAGCAGGACGAAGCCCACUCCGGAACCAAGUGAGGCUUGGUCACCCGUAGGCGCCUCACGGCUGUCUGUUUACAAAGUAACCCUUACGUCCAGGGAUGAAGAGCACCACCAGCAGAAGACUUGGCAAAACCCUCUAAUUUGAUGCAUUGUUAAGUUUUUUAACGCGUGUAUGAAAUGUAGAAAGAUGUAAAAGAAAUAAAUUAGGAGAGACGACUUUGUAUUGUACUGCCAUUCCUACUGUAUUUUUAUACUUUUUGGCAGCAUUAAAUAUUUUUAUUAAA